UGAUUUCUUUUGCGAAGGUUUAGUGGAAAGAUUGAUAGUUUGAUUAAAGAAAGAAUGGGAAGGGUGUUUAUUAUUACUCUUGAAGGAAGCGUUUAUAGCUGCAAGCACUGCCAUACCCAUCUGGCUCUCCUCAAUGACAUAAUUUCUAAGUCUUUCCAUUGCAGGCAUGGAAAGGCUUAUCUCUUUGAUAAGGUUGUGAAUAUCUCAGUAGGAGAGAAAGAAGACCGAAUGAUGAUGACUGGGAUGCACACCGUUGUUGAUAUAUUCUGUGUGGGGUGUGGCUCAAUUGUGGGAUGGAAAUACGAGUCUGCACAUGAAAAGACUCAGAAGUACAAGGAGGGAAAAUUCAUUCUUGAGAGGUUUAAGGUGUUGGGUCCUGAUGGAAGCAACUACUGGUGAGCCAUGAAGCUCUGGUUAGUGGCAGUGAUGCCGAUAAUGCUUGAUUG